UCGGCCUAAUCGACCGUCGGCGACAAGACGUUUAUGAAUAAGCAGAUCUGUCGCCACUCAUUCUCUGCUGUUGCGGAUCCCAUCUCUCUCUCUCGCACUUCACCGGCUCCGCCGCCGAUUCAUUUUCCGGCGGAUCUGACCUUUCUCCGUUUCGCUUCUUGAUCCAGACUGAAGCUGUGAGGUGAUCAGCGGUUUCGUUGUUUCCGGGUAAUGGAAGAGAUCAAGAAAGAAAUCGACGUCAGUGAUUGGCAUUCCAAUCUAGCCUACGAUGAAUGGACACCACUCCCUGUUCCUGGUCCACGAGCAUCAGCUCGAUACAAGCAUGCAGCAGCGAUCGUUGAUGAGAAACUAUACAUUGUUGGCGGAAGUCGUAAUGGCAGAUACUUGUCUGAUGUACAGGUCUUUGAUCUGAGAAGUUUGACGUGGUCUAAUCUCAAACUGAAACCUGAAGCAAGUGCUGACAACAUUGAAGAUGGUAGCUUGCAGGAAGCUUUUCCUGCCAUUUCUGAUCACCGUAUGAUGAAGUGGGGGAACAAGCUUCUCCUAAUUGGGGGGCACUCAAAAAAACCUUCAAGUAACAUGUCAGUGCGCUUCAUUGAUCUGGAAACCCAUGUAUCUGGUGUUAUCGAUGCAUCGGGGAGAAUCCCGGUAUCACGCGGUGGACAUUCCAUCACACUGGUCGGGUCCCGAGUUUUUGUGUUUGGUGGAGAAGAUAGGAACAGGAAGCUGCUAAACGAUCUGCAUGUUCUUGAUCUUGAAACCAUGACUUGGGAUGUUGUUGAGACAAUGCAGCCGCCUCCAGCUCCCAGAUUUGAUCACGCAGCUGCUGCAUAUUCUGAACGUUACCUCCUGAUUUUUGGUGGAUGUUCUCAUUCGAUCUUUUUCAACGAUCUUCAUGUCCUUGACCUGCAAACGAUGGAGUGGUCACAACCUCAUGUUCAGGGUGACACCGUGACUCCUAGGGCCGGACAUGCCGGAACGACGAUUGAUGAUAACUGGUAUAUUGUCGGCGGAGGUGAUAACAGCAACGGUUGUCUAGAAACUCUUGUGCUAAAUAUGUCAAAACUCGUGUGGUCGAUAUCAGCCAAUGUAGGGGCAAGGCAUCCACUUGCAAGCGAGGGUCUGAGUGUUUGCUCAGCAUCAAUACUUGGGGAGAAGAUCUUGGUUGCUUUUGGUGGCUAUAAUGGGAAGUAUAACAAUGACAUAUUUGUGAUGAGACUUAAACCCGGGGAAUCAUCGCGUCCAAAGAUCUUCCGGUCGCCAGCAGCUGCUGCAGCUGCAGCCUCUGUCACCGCUGCUUAUGCGUUGGCCAAAUCGGAAAAGUUGGACUUCCCUCCAGCAGUAGGCAACCCAACUCCCAACGGAAUCGGGAACGGAGACAGCCUCUCUGGAAAGGAUCUAAGCAACAGAAUCGAAACGAUUAAAGAAGAGAAAAGAGAAUUAGAGUCGAGGAUUGAAGAAGCUCGAUCAGAAAAUUCAAAACUAAGGGAAAAGACAGACGAAGUUAACAGCAGCCACAGCGAACUAUCUCAAGAGCUCCAAUCCGUACAAGGUCAACUCAUUUCCGAGCGAUCAAGAUGCUUCAAACUCGAGGCACAGAUUGCGGAACUGCAGAAAGCGUUGGAAUCGAUGGAAUCAAUAGAGAAGGAAGUGGAGAUGCUUCGAAAACAGAAAUCGGAAUUAGAACAGCAAGAAGCGGAGGAAGCAACAGUGCAAAGACAAGGCUCUGGCCGUGGCGGCGUCUGGCGCUGGAUCUCCGGGUAAAAUCUCAAAAGGUUUGAAUUUCAAUUGUCGCUAUCUGCAUCUUCUUACAUCGCAAAUCUGAAGCUGUCCGGAUGCCCGUUCUCUGUCGGUUCUUCAUGAGCUGAAUGAAUCCAAGAGAGUUAGUUUAUAUACAGUUUUGGGUUCUGUCGUUUCGAAUCAAUUUGUUUCUUAUAAAUUUUUUCCAGUAACAUGUUCAUGCUGAACCCACAUUUCUUUCCUUUUCAUGUUCGUUAAAUCCUUUCGGAUUUAGAUA